AUGUCCAACCGGUCAGCGUAUCAAUCGUCAGAGAGGGGGUCUUCGGAAACUGAUGCUGUGACUGAUGAGUUGGUGCACAGCUCUAAUGAUGACUUGGCUCGUAUAAACAAAAAGGCUGAGGAAAUUCGAACGGCAUGCGAACUACGGGACAUUGAUGCUUUGGUGUCGCACGCUACAUCGGAAGGCGGCUUUCUUCGAGAUGAGCUCAGACAACUAGCCUGGCCCAUUUUGCUUCAGUCUGAUAAGGACACAGAGAAUAUACUGUCGAAGGGGAGUAGCCUACCACCCCACCGCGAUGAGGAGCAGGUCCAACUAGACGUGAAACGUUCAUUUGUUUACUAUCCUGAAUGCUACCACGAUAUUGUGCAAGUCAUACUACUAGUCAUGGGAGAGGAACGGUCUGCUCCAGCAGUCGCCCGCCUAUCUCUGUUUCGCAUUAGGGACUACAUGUUACCUUCGCUUUCACCGGCAGUGAAGCAUCUACAGCUUAUUCCAGCAAUCAUUGAAACGGCCGACAAGGCUCUAGCCCAGCGACUUUCGGAUAUACGACCUUUCUUUGCUCUCUCAGCAACUCUCACCCUAUAUGCCCAUGAUAUCCAGGAAUAUAGUGAUAUUGCGCGGCUUUUCGACUUCUUGCUGGCUUGGGAGCCUGUUGUCUCAAUUUAUCUCUUUGUAGCAAUUGUUCUCUCCCGCAGAAAAGAGCUACUUGAGAUUCCGGCGGACGAACCCGAAAUGUUACACUAUACUCUGUCAAAACUGCCCCAGCCCCUUGAUAUAGAAGGUCUGAUAUCUCGCGCGGUACGGCUCUUCCGUGAUUACCCACCCGAGUCACUACCAUUCGGAGCCUGGAGAAGGAUUUCGAGCUACAGUGUCCUGAAAACAACACGUGCAAUCAUGAGAACGCAAUCCAUGAAUACGGCCCUUGAGAUUUUCCAGAAACAUACCAAACAGCUCCGGAAUGAGGAGAGAAGAGAGCAAUUCAUUGGAUUCCUUUGGAGCCACAGACGAACCAUUGGCUCCGUAGCAGUCGCUGUGUUCGUGGGCGUUAUGUCUGUCUGGAUAAGGAAGAGAGGAUUUGACAACACUAUACUCUCAUAUUUCGAUCACUUCAGGGCAGCUUUCCACGGCCGUUUCUGA